AAGCGACACGACCGCGCCCGAGGAGAGCGCACCCCACACCGCCUCCUCCGCCGAGCCACCUGCGCCCGCCGAUUCGUCCAGCUCGCCUCGCGCCCUCGCCCGCUCGCCUAGCUCCCCUGUCUCUUCCCUUCAUCCUCCCCACCUCCUCCCCCGCGACCGUGCUCCCGCAUGCCAGCGCGCUGACCGGCACCGGCGGACGACGGGGGGUCGGGGCCGGGUGGGCAUCAUGGACAAGUACGAGCCUGUUCGGGACAUCGGGUCGGGCAACUUCGGGGUGGCGCGGUUGAUGCGCAACCGCGAGACCCGAGGGCUCGUCGCCGUCAAGCUCAUCGAGCGCGGCCACCGGAUUGACGAGAAUGUGUACCGCGAGAUCGUCAACCACCGGUCGCUGCGGCACCCGAACAUCAUCCAGUUCAUAGAGGUGAUCCUAACACCGACGCAUCUUGCAAUUGUGAUGGAGUAUGCGGCUGGUGGUGAACUAUUUGAUCGAAUUGUCGAUCGUGGGCGAUUUAGCGAGGAUGAGGCCAGGUAUUUCUUCCAGCAGUUGAUCUGUGGAGUGAGCUAUUGCCAUCACAUGCAAAUAUGCCAUAGAGAUUUGAAGCUGGAGAAUGUUCUCUUGGAUGGCAGCCCAGCUCCACGGCUUAAGAUAUGUGAUUUUGGCUACUCCAAGUCAUCAGUACUACAUUCAAGGCCAAAAUCUGCAGUGGGGACGCCAGCAUAUAUUGCACCAGAGGUGCUUUCUCGGCGGGAGUAUGAUGGGAAGCUUGCAGAUGUAUGGUCCUGUGGAGUCACUCUUUUUGUCAUGCUUGUGGGAGCCUAUCCGUUUGAAGAUCAGGAUGAUCCUAAAAAUAUUAGAAAGACGAUUCAGCGGAUAGCAGCAAUUCAAUAUACUAUCCCAGACAACAUUCACAUAUCUGAUGAUUGCAGACAACUCAUUUCACGUAUCUUUGUUAGCAAUCCAUUAAGGAGAAUCACCAUGAGGGAAAUAAAAAACCAUCCAUGGUUUCUAAAGAACUUGCCGAGGGAGCUCACAGAAGCGGUGCAGUUAUCCUACUUCAGGAGGGACAACAGUGUCUCUGCUUUUUCAGAGCAAACAACCGAAGAAAUCAUGAGGAUUGUCAAGGAGGCGAGAACCUUGCCAAAAUCAUUGAGAUCAGGCUAUGGCUACAGUGAAGAAUGCUCAGAUGUGGAGGAAAAUGAAGAGGAGAGCGAACCCAAAGAGGUGGAAGAAGAAGAUGAGUGUGAUAAGAGGGUUAGGGAGGUCCGCGAAAGCGGGGAGCUGGAUAUGACCUCACUGCACAUCUAAAUGCUGCCUGUGACGUGUCUGAAUGUAGAUAAUUGGCUUUAUUGUCUGCUGAAUUUGGUAGAAUGUAUGCAAUUCUGGCGUCAGAUGUAGUAGUCUAUUAAAGCCUUCUCCACCCUGUAAUAUAUUUGUUUUGUUGAACUGUAUGUGUGGUAUAUGGGUUUGUUCUAAAGGAGCAAGGUUGUGUACAGGCACACCUGAUUGUGUUUUUGGAUAGGAAGUUCUACCGUUUGUUUGCACUCUGCAGCAAACAUUUUGGAGUUUGUAAGCUAUAUGUUCGGGCAUAUCCGGUAAAAUUGGAUGAAAUGCUGCAAAUUCUGUCAAAAAAUGAGUUGUGUAACUUUGCAAACAUUGAAGAUAAAAGAAUUUGAAAUCGGGUGUGCAUUUCUUCCA